AGCCAUGGAGGCCAUCAAGAAGAAGAUGCAGAUGCUGAAGCUGGACAAGGAGAAUGCCAUCGACCGUGCUGAGCAGGCAGAGGCGGACAAGAAAACUGCGGAGGACAAGUGCAAGCAAAUGGAAGAGGAGCUGAUACACCUCCAGAGGAAACUGAAGGACGGGGAGGAUGAGCUGGACCGGCACUCCGAGGACCUGAAGGACGCGCAGGAGAAGCUGGAGCUGGCGGAGAAGAAAGCCUCCGAUGUAAGCGCGGCUGCGGACGCCCGGCCGGGCUAG